AAUGAAGCUGUGUUGGAGUUUGGCGCUGGUCGGUAUCGCCCUGUUGAUGGUCAUCGUCACUGUCAGGGCGGAAUCUGAUCUCUGGGAGGAAGACGACAAGGAGGUUCUCGUACGAACCGUUCGCGGCACCAAAGAACGAGCAUCCGGCAGCACUUCGUCGUGCAGAUACGUGAAGGGUCAAUGGUCGGAAUGCGACUCGAAAACCAACACGCGGUCCCGCACGCUGAACCUGAAGAAGGGCGACAAGUCCUGCGAGCAGACCAAGACCAUCCAGAAGAAGUGUAAAAAAGCCUGCCGAUACGAGAAGGGCACGUGGAGCGGAUGCGUGAACCAGCUGAUGACGAGAAUGGACAAUCUGAAAGCGAACAGCGAUGCCUCCUGCGAGAAGACGCGCCGACUGACCAAAAGGUGUAAACCGGAGACCAACACCAAAAAGUCUCCCAAAGGUACUCCAAAGUCUCGACAUUCUCCUUUAACACUAAAUGUACCAACAUCCGGUCAAAUAAACGGUUUG